AUGUCCCAGCUGGCCAUGUACGAGUACCAGCGGGAGGUGGUCCAGAGGGCUCUGCGGGGGGAGAAUAUUAUCGUGUGGCUACCCCCGGGAGCGGGGAAGACGCGAGCCGCCGUCUACGUGGCUCUCAAGCACCUGGAGACCACUCCCGGAGCCAAAGUGGUGGUCCUGGUACCUACGGUGCACCUGGUGGAGCAACACUACAGGAAGGAGUUCUUCCCCGGCCUCGGCCACGCCUACAAGGUGACGGCGGUGAGCGGCGACAGCGACGAGAAGAACUUUUUGGCCGCCACGCUACGCGACGCCCGCGUCCUGCUGUGCACGGCGCAGAUCCUCUUGAACGGCCUCACCUGCGACGAGGAAGCCAAACGCGUGGAGCUCUCGGACAUCACGCUGCUGGUGCUAGACGAGUGUCACCACACGCAAAAGGAAACGCCGUACAACAAGAUCAUGAGGCUCUACCUGGAGAAAAAGAUGGGGGGUGACGGAGCGCUGCCGCAGGUCCUGGGCCUCACGGCGUCGCCGGGGUCGGGAGGAGCCAAAAGCCUGGAACGGGCUGUGGACCAUGUACUACAGAUCUGCGCCAACUUGGACUGUGCCAUCGUUUCCACUCAAGAUUGUACUGAAGAGCUCCACAUGACUGUAAAAAGACCCCGCAAAACAUUUGACAUUGCGGAGAAAAGACAGGAAGAUCCGUUUGGCGAUCACGUGCAAUUGAUGAUGCGACACAUCCAUCGCUUCAUGAAGCCUCCCCCGGACUUGAUCUUUAAAGAGUUUGGCACUCAGGAGUACGAGAACGACGUAGUCACGCUGAAGAAAAAAGGCGUGGCGAACUACGACAGGCCGCUGCAGCAAUGCGCCAUCCACCUGCGCGAGUACAACGACGCGCUUUUGAUCCACGACACCCUGCUGGCGAGGGACGCGCUGUCCUCUCUCGAGGACUUCUACGCGGGCAAAGAGACCAACGUCAUCGACGACACGGACCGUUUUCUGCUGAAUCUUUUCAAAGAUCACCGGAGCGAGCUAACGGCGCUGGCGCGCGACCCGCUUUCGGAAAACCCCAAGAUGGCGCGGCUGGAGAGCACCCUGCUCGAGCACUUCGGUCCCAACGUCAAGUCUAGAGGCAUUCUCUUUAGCGGGACGCGCAAGAGCACUCAUUGCUUAAACCAGUGGGUGCGCGCCAAUGACAAGAUGCGCUUCGCCGGCAUCGAGCCCGCCGUCAUCACCGGCAGCGCCGCCAUGACGCAGGCGGAUCGCGACGACGCCAUCCGCAAAUUCCGCUCGGGCUCCGUCAACCUUUUGAUCGCCACCAGCGUGGCCGAAGAGGGCCUGGACAUCCCCCAAUGCGACCUGGUGGUGCGCUACGGACUCUUGACCAACGAGAUCGCCCAGCAGCAGGCCAGCGGCCGCGCCCGGGCCCCGGACAGCCGCUACGCCCUGGUGGCCCGGCGCGGCGGGCGCGAAGAGCGACGCGAGCACCUCAACGAUAGCCUGGAGGCGCUCACCGCCGAGGCCGUGGAAAGCGUCCGCCGGUUGAGCCCGGGAAAGUUCCGAGAGAAGAUCGCCCAACUCCAAGCGCUGGCGGCGUCUCGCGGGAAGCUGGCGGAGAUGCAAAUUUUGGAGAAAAACAGCUGCUACUCGGCCGCCGGCGUCCAGCUGCUGUGCUCUAACUGCUUGACGCCAGUGGCGCAAGGCGACCACAUCCAGCUGGUGGAAAAAAUGCAUUACGUCAAUGUCCGGCCAGAAUUCCGGAAUCACUACUACAAGGAAGGUGCGCCACUCCGUUUUGGCAAGACGUUCGAGGACUGGGAGCCAGGCUGCAUCAUCAAGUGCAAAAAGUGCAAUGAGCAGUGGGGCUUUGAGAUGAAGUACCGCAAGGCGGCGCUGCUGCCCAACCUGGCCAUCAAGAACUUUGUCCUUCAGACGCCCGGCGGAAGGACCACGGUAAAGAAGUGGAAGGAUGUCCCGUUCUGCGUGCAGCAUUUCGACUUUGCCCAAUUCUGCCGAAAACACUACCGAGAUUUGCUGGACUCGUAA